AUGGAACAAAAGAAAAAACGGGGUGAAAAUUGGAGUUCUGAAGAAAAAGAAAUAUUACGUACACUUAUUUCACAAUCAGCACAUAUAAUAGAGAAUAAGUCGACAAAAACAUCGGUAAAUAUUCAAAAAAUAAAAGAGUGGAAGAAUAUAACUAAUAAAUUUAAUGAGAUAACAGGUAAACGCCGAUCAGAUGGUGAAUUGAAAUUAUCUUGGAAAAGAAUGAAGUUGUGUGCUAAAUCAAACUUAUACACAUAUAGGAGGGAACAAUCAAAGACCGGUGGUGGCGGAAAACCUCCAUCACCUUCUCUUGAGGACUUGGAAAUAAUGUCCAUUGCCCCUCACGACUUUAUCAUUGAAGUUAAUAAUUAUGAUAGUGAUGCAGUGGAUCCAGUGACUGUGGCUACAACAUCAAAAGAAGUUGCUGACCCUAAGCCUCGCCUUAAUUUUGAAAAAACAGACACAGCUAUAGUUAAAAAUGUAGAAAAUCCAGAACCCAAUGUUGUAUAUGUGCAAGAGAUAGAUCCAACUACAGAUACAGAAGAAAGUGCCAAAAUGGUGAAAAUAACCAACAAUAAAGAUAUUAUUACUAGGGGUAUAACAAAAAUUAAAAACAGGAAAAAUAGCUUGCAAAAUAGAAGAGAAGAUGUACACCAAACAAUUGUAAAAAGUAACACAGAUUUUAAAAAAAGACAACUGGAAAUGAUGGAAGAGGAACAUAAAUACAAUAUUAAAAUAGCUAACCUAAAAAUUAGAAAAUUAGAGUUACAAAUAUUUUUAUUAGAAAGUCAGAAAAACACAAGUUAA